AACAGACCAAUUGCUCUUGCACAAGCAAAUGCUGUCCUCAACAGGAUUGAUCUGCUUUGCGAGAUCGCUGGGACUAUGUUAUUUGGCGUCCUCCUAUCCAGAUAUGACCCUGUGACCUGCUUAAAGUUCGCUGCCACACUAAUGAUUGGUUCUUUGCCAACCAUGACAGCUCUCAUAUGGCUGACCAACAAGUUCUCCUCUGGAGUCCUGGACCGUCCUAAAUGCUCCCAGAGCAGCUGUGCUCCUGAAGGACCUCGUUCUGAAACCGACAGUAUAUUUGAUUUGGGCAUGGAAGCUAUCAAGCUUGGAUGGAAAGAAUACAUUCAGCAGCCGGUUCUUCCCGCUAGCCUUGCAUACGUCCUUCUCUGCUUCAACAUCGUCCUCACCCCAGGCAGUUUGAUGACCGCAUUUCUAACACAACGAUGUGUGAAUCCAUCAGUUAUUGGGGGUUUUAGUGGACUAUGCGCUGUGAUGGGAGUCGCUGCAACUUUCUUAUCAGCAAACUUGGUUAAAAGAUUUGGCAUUCUAAAGGCGGGUGCAGUAGGAUUGUUUUUCCAAGCUUCACUCCUCGGUGUAGCUGUUGCUGUGUACUGGAGCUCUUCUCUAUCCCAAAAGAGCCCACUCUUCUUCUUCUUGUCCAUGAUCGUACUAUCAAGGCUAGGCCACAUGUCUUACGGCGUUGUGGGUGCUCAGAUUCUUCAAACCGGCAUCCCAUCGUCCAAAGCUAACCUCAUCGGUGCAACUGAGAUAUCAGUGGCUAGCCUAGCUGAGUCACUGAUGCUCGGAGUAGCCAUUGCUGCCAAUGACGCUUCUCAUUUCGGGUUUCUUGCGGUUCUGUCUCUUUUAUCAGUUGUUGCGGCCUCUUUGAUAUUCUGUAGGUUGCUGAGGAAUCCUACUGAUGAACAAAGACGGCUCUUCUCCUUUGAUCCUCUUGCGAUUUGAAAAUUAUACAUUGAAAUGUUUUGUAUAGUUAGCUUCACUAUCAUUGUAUAAAUUCUUCAUUUUAUUUUGAAAUUGGAAGAAAAUAUGAGUUAUAUAAUCUCAAUUUGAAGUU